AUGAGCUCAAUUCUGCCUUACGCCAUGAACACGAUCACACUCCCGUACAACUCGAACGAUGCCCACAUAUGGACCGACAAAGAUCCGGAUCUGGAAUUGAUCGAGCCCAGAAUUUUGGUUUCAAUUAAUAGAAACUACCUUGUCUACGGUCGGAAGUUGGGUCGCCCUCCUCAGAACCAUCCAGUAAUUCUUGUUAAUCAUGGAGAAAAUCCCGUCGCGUUCAAAGUGCUGACCACGGAUAAUUACGCUUACUUCGUCAACCAUGUGAGUGCUCAUUGUUCCCGUCGAAUUUUUCUGAAUAGAAAUUAUAAUCUAUGCGGUUCGAUCAACGACGAGCUGGCUGGUAAAGCUCACACAUUUCUUUUGUUAGGCCGUUUUCUUAUU